GUGUGUGUGUGUGUGCCUGUGUGUGUGUAUGCCUGUGUGUGUGUAUGCCUGUGUGUGUGUAUGCCUGUGUGUGUAUGCGCACCUGAGUGUCAGUGGUGGUGAGGUUUAGCCUAUAUGUUGGUCCAUCCCAUUGUUGUACGCUACAUAGAUGAGUACAUAUGUCAGCAUGAUCAAGGUUGUGUCCACACAGACACAGUGAUGUCUCACACUGGUGCUCGUCACAAAAUAAAAGCCCACCGUUGUACCUUUGAUGCUCACUAAUAUUACUGUGUGUUAUUGGGUGUGUGGCUCAGCAUCGGACAGUGUUUUACCCCUGAUACAUGGCUGUGCCGUGUGAAACCUCGACAAAUAGUCUCAUCGUAGGUUACUGUACACUGUGAAAAUGCAGUCCAGUCUGUUUUGUUCAGUGCUGGUUAAUCUACUACGUCAUCAUAACACAUCGUUUGGGACCUGCCACAGCUAUUCGUACGCAGUCACAUCCCCUCUGGAUGAACUUUCUCAUAGACACUCAUCUAAGGUCAGCUCUAUGUUUUCCCCCUCUAAUGGGGUUAGGAUUUGGUGAAGGUAAACUGACCCUAGAUCUGUGCCUAAGGACAACUGCUUUGCCUGUCUGUGAGGAUGAGACAAGGCCUGUCGUCCCCUAUCACAGGUAAAAACGUGAUUCACGUAUGGUUGAUUAUGAGCCAAAACAGUAGGGAGAAAUGCAACCAGUCUAGUUAUUCUAGGGUUGGUAUUCAGGGAGAAAAUGUCCUUGUUCACUCUUAUGUUAUAGGUCCUGUGUAUGGAAUAUAUUUUUUCCACUGUUCUUUCAGGCUAACACAGACCAAGACACUGGGACCUACACAGAUUUACUGAAACCAAAUCUUUUGGAUUUUUAUAACAAAACUCUGAGAAAAAUGGAGGAAAAGUCUGAAUCCAACUAUGAAAGAGAGCUGAGAGUGCUGAUUGUGGGGCCACAAAUGUCUGUGAGGCACUCUGUUGGAAACACAAUCCUGGGUAGAGGCCUUUCAAGCUGGGGGAAUCACUGCCCAGUGUGAGAAGAGACGUGGAGGAGUGAGAGGGAAGAAGCUCACUCUGGUCAAAGCUCCUGGCUUUGGCUCCUGGCUCCUGGUGGAGGAAAUAUUGUUUAGGUGACACACCAGAGUUGGUUAAGAGAGAACUUAUAAGCAGUACAUCUCUUUGCCAUCCUGGACCCCAUGCUUUCAUACUUGUGGUUGAGGCUGAGUGUCGAUUCACAGAAGCAAGCAGGAAAUCAGUAGAGGAACACCUGGAGCUUCUCAGUGAGAGAGUCUGGGGUUACACUAUUGUGCUGUUCGCCUAUGGGGAAGGUCUGGGAGACACAACACCCAUUGAGCAGCACAUUAAGAAUGAAGGGAAGGCACUCCAGUGGCUCAUUGAGAGAUGUGGGAGCAGGUACUACGUCUUUGACAGUAAAGGUAAAGCCACUGACACUGAGGUCACAGAGCUGCUGGAGAAGAUAGAGGAGAUGGUGGCAGGGAACAAUGGGAGCCACUUUUGGAGUUGAGGGUGCAGUGUUGCUGAACAUUGAGGAGAAGGGAAGGGGAGUGGUGGAGAGAUCGGAAGAAAGAUGUCUGAAAACGCAGAAGGAAAGGAAGAAACUAAAUGUGCUUCUGAAUGAGGAGACCCACAUCCUAACCAAACUGAGAAUCCUAAUGCUGGGGUGGGUCUUUGUUGGGAGAAGUGCUGCUGGAAAUGCCAUCUUGAACACUUCUAAGUUUGAGGCUGGAAGGAGAAGUGUAAAAUCUACACAACAGUCGGCUAAGUUUGGGGGGAGGCAAGUCACUGUCGUGGACACACCCGGAUGGUGGACGUUCUUUCUGGCCGAGUUCACUUCUCCCUUGGUGAAGUCAGAAAUCCUGAAGGGUGUUUCUCUUGGUUGUCCGUUUCCCAAUGCUGCCCUCCUGAUGAUUCCUGUAGACACAGCGUUUACUGAGGAACAGAGGAAGGUGACACAGGACAACAUGAAGCUGCUAGGAGAGGGAGUCUGGAGACACACUAUAGUGGUCUUUACCUGGGGGGCAUGUCUGGGAGACACAACUAUUGAGCAGCACAUUGAGAGUGAAGGGAAGGCCCUGCAUUGGCUUAUAGAGAAAUGUGGGAACAGGUACCAUGUCUUUGACAGUAAGGGUAAAGACACAGACGCUCAGGCCAAAGAGCUGCUGGAGAAGAUAGAGGAGAUGGUGGCAGGGAAACAUUUAUUUUGCCUGAGCACUGAGAUCCAUAAACCAGUGGAGACAGGGAUCAUUCCACGGGCAGAUGAUGAAGCCACUGAGAAGAUUUCACAACUUCUCAAUCAGGAAUGGGAUCGGAGAAACUGGGAGAUUUUGGAAAUAGCAAAGACAUCAACUCCACCAAUUCUAAAGGGAAAUAGGAGUAUGCCUGAACCUUAUAGACCUGACUUCAGUGGAGACAAGCCACCCCUGGAGAGCUCUAGACUGGGAGAGGGAGAAAUCCCAAUGGAAGAUCUGAGCAGGCGGUCAACAAUUAGAAAGAUUGCAGUCGAUAGAUCUGGAGGUGAGAGAACAGUGGAAGGAACUGCUGGAGGAGGAGUGGAGUCGGAGAGAGAUAGCCAGUCAGCUGAAUCUGCCAUCUCAUGGCUGGGAUCCAUUCCGUUGUCCUGGGUGAAAGGCAGAACACAGGAUCUGCUUCGGGAAAGUCAUAUUCCUGGUCGUUCUGAUGUCCCGGAGCACCGCAGUCCCGGAGCAGUCCCGGAGCAGUCCCGGAGCACUGCCGUCCCAGAGCAGUCCCGGAGCAGUCCCGGAGCAGUCCCGGAGCACCGCCGUCACAGAGCAGUCCCAGAGCACCGCCGUCCCAGAGUAGUCCCGGAGCACCGCCGUCCCAGAGCAGUCCCAGAGCACCGCCGUCCCAGAGUAGUCCCGGAGCAGUCCCGGAGCACCGCCGCAACUAGUUAUAUUUUACAGCAAAGGCUGCAGCAGAAGCUAACUCCUAAUGUUGGCGCACACGCCUGUGUGCGAUUGGCUGGGGAAGAUUGUGUGUGGGAGAUUGUCUGGGAAUCCUGCAGUCCUGGCUCACACACAACCCUUCUGCCCAUAGAGAACCACAGAUCUGCAGGACAGCCUAUAUAGAGAAACAUCAGAGACCUGUAAAAGGUUGUCAGGGGCAACGAUUGGAUAUUAACUGGGACCAUUUAAUCAGCUUGGUGUAAAAUUGGCGAACACCAGUUGAGUUUGGUGGUAGGCUGCGCGUCUCACAUUAUGCAGUAUUUAUUUGAUCAUUUAUUAUGGAUAGGCCUAUGGGUUCAUAGCCUAGCCUACCUGAUGGUGGACAGUAAUGUACUGGCCUCCUGCUGGCUGUUGAAUGGGCUGAGUGUCAUUCACUACACUGGAGCCUAGGUUCCUUUCAAGUAAAGCAAUAGGCUAUACUAUAACUCACUCCAAUGGUCUACAGAGAGUAUCUAACCAAAGUUAUGGAGUCAGACUUGAAAGGAGAAACCGAUAAAGCAUUACACCGUUUCCAAUGAAAAAUAGAAUGUGUGUGUUUGCAGACAUGUGGAGAUGUGUGUGUGCACGCUGCACCUGUUUGUCAAUGGUGGUGAUGUUUAGCCUGUAUGUUGGUCCAUCCCAUUGUUGUACGCUACAUAGAUGAGUACAUAUGUCAGCAUGAUCAAGGUUGUGUCCACACAGACACAGUGAUGUCUCACACUGGUGCUCGUCACAAAAUAAAAGCCCACCGUUGUACCUUUGAUGCUCACUAAUAUUACUGUGUGUUAUUGGGUGUGUGGCUCAGCAUCGGACAGUGUUUUACCCCUGAUACAUGGCUGUGCCGUGUGAAACCUCGACAAAUAGUCUCAUCGUAGGUUACUGUACACUGUGAAAAUGCAGUCCAGUCUGUUUUGUUCAGUGCUGGUUAAUCUACUACGUCAUCAUAACACAUAGUUUGGGACCUGCCACAGCUAUUCGUACGCAGUCACAUCCCCUAUGGAUGAACUUUCUCAUAGACACUCAUCUAAGGUCAGCUUUAUGUAGUCUCAUCAUAGGUUACUGUACACUGUGUGCUCUUAGAGUAAACAUGCAGUCCCAGACAUGCUUUCUUACCUUAUCAGGACUACAAUGUUCUGACAAGUCACCAGAAUGUCCUGACAAGGUAGGAAAACAAGAACAAUUUUGACUUUUUUCUUGUCCUGAAUUUGUUAAAACGUAAUUUUAGACUUAGGUUUAGGGGAUAAGGUUUAAAGGGAGACUUCAACGCUAGACCUUAUUUAAGGUGUUUUUUCCAGUCUCCCUACAUAAUUAUGAGUGACAAGAGGUGUUUCAGACAUAACUAUGCACAUGUUUGCGCCGGGAGCGUUCGACCAAUGGCGUCAUUCAUAAUUAUACCAUUUUUUGCAAUUAUUGUGGCCUUUGUGUUUCGUCGAUUGAGCAAUCACGCUACCAGCGAGUAGAUAUGGCGGUCCUUGUUCAAUAGAGCCAUUAGACUUGUCUCGACGAUGUUCUCAUCUUACCAGACCAGCCGGACCAGGAGGGCACAGUGACAAACGAGUAAGUUGUUUUGCUGUUGCUAACUAGCAAUAUAAGCUCUCGUAUAACUUUAUGAUCGAUUCGGCCGUAACUGGGGCUUGCUAGUACCACUACAUGCAAAGCUAACCAAGUUGGGCCAUCUGUCUUUGUUCGCUAUACACAAAAUGUAAUGCAGUCUGAUGCUAUAGCUAGCUAGCCUAGCUAGCCUCAGUGCAUCUUAUUAGGAGCAAAACUGGAGAAGUGUUUUGAUGAUGAUGAUGAAGAGUAAAGGAAUGACUUUGGCUUUAUGACUUAUAUUAGUCUUUGAGUUACUCUACCUGUGUGUUGUAGCUAGCUAGCUAACGUCUGUGAGAUGUGUACUUUUCUGCAUUGUGCUGCUACAGAAGGAAUCCAAACAGCACACAACAAUUGCCCGUGAAAGUUGAAUAUCAUUUUUGUCAUUCUCUUCAAGACAAUAUCGCUCAGUGGCUUACAGACUAUUUUGGGGUUUGUUUUUUACGUGGGGAGAAGCUAGGCACAGGACAUCGAAUCCCCUUGCUUGCGUGUGUUGUUGGGGCCCUUCAUGCAAUUCAUCCCUCACACGAUGGACAGUAUGUUGGAUACAAAUAAGUUGAUGACUCAAGAGGAGAUGUGAAAGGUCCAUAACAACAAUCUCCACUUGUAUCAAAGUGACUCCGAACACCUCGCUGCACCCGCCCAACACAUAUGAAAAUAUUCCCUUUGUC